AUGGCCACCGUCGGCGUCGUCCUCCUGCUCCUCCUACUUGCACCGUUCCUCGCGGCCGCCGAUAUGUUGUGCGACAACCUUAAGGCCGCCUUGGUCACCCUCCCAAAUAACACCUCCUCCUCCCCGGUACGCUUCGCCACUGCCGCCUUCGGCCGAGCCCCCGACAUCGUCUACGCAUUCACGAUCUGCCGCGGCGACAUCGUCGGCGUCAUCUCCAACCAGUCCUACUGCCGCGAGUGCGUCAGCAACAUGACUGACAAGGUGUUGAACGCUGCGCCGCAGCAGUGCUACAACGGCACCUACCACGACUACGGUGACCGCUGUAUCCUCGUCUACUCCACAGACGACAUCAUCGCGCCGCCGUCUGGCGAAAACGGCGGCGAUGACACGCCAGUCAAGAGAUGGAACGACAAGAACGUCACCGGCCAUGCCGAUGAGGUCCGCCUCAUCACCGGCCUCAUCCGUGAGCUUCUGGUGCAGACGGUGGAGAAGGCGGCCAGCGCGGCGCCGAUGCGAUUUGCCACAGGCAUCAUGGACAGCGGCACGACCUUCCCGAUGGUGCGCUCCUUGGCGCAGUGCAGACCAGACGCAUCCACCGUCGACUGCUUGGCGUGCCUGCGUCGUCUCCUCGGCGUGGUCAACGCCACCAUGUCCCUACGCAUGGGAGCACAGAUCAACGCCAUACGGUGUUAUUUCAGGUACGAGGCGUAUCGGUUCUAUGGCGGUGAAGCGACUCUGCGCCUCACGCCACCGCCGGCGCCGUCGCUAGCUCCGACUCCGGCAAAACGCAAGAGUAAAGCGGGAGAGGAAGAACUAGGAUGGCAAGGGAAGAAUUCAGAGUUCUCCAUGUUUGAGUUUGAACAGGUACUAGUGGCCACAAAUAAUUUUUCAGAAGAAAACAAACUUGGAGAAUGUGGCUUUGGCACUGUCUACAAGGGCCAGUUACCCGAGGGAUCAGAGAUAGCACUUAAGAGACUUGCUCCACAUUCGGGUCAAGAUGAAAAUAAAAGAGCUUUGCUAGAUUGGUCCACACUUUUAGCAAUAAUUCAAGGAAUAGCUCAUGGACUUCUUUACCUACAUAAGCACUCCCAAUUGCGCGUCAUACAUCGAGAUCUUAAACCGAGCAACAUUCUCUUGGAUAGCGAAAUGAAUCCAAAAAUUUCAGACUUUGGGCUAGCAAAAAUAUUCAACUCAAAUAGCAGUGAACAAAACACUACAAGAAGAGUGUUCGGUACAUACGGCUACAUGCCCCCUGAGUAUGCUUCAGAAGGCAUCUUCUCUAUUAAAUCCGAUGUCUUCAGCUUUGGUGUUGUUAUUUUUGAGAUCAUUAGUGGAAAACGGAAUUCUGGUAGCCGACAAUGUGGAGAUUUCAUCAAUCUCCUUGGAUAUGCAUGGCAAUUAUGGAAAGAGGGAAGGUUGAUUGAUCUCGCUGAUGCAUCAUUGGUUUCCAAGAGUAACCCAAUAGAGAUGAUGAGAUGCAUUAACAUAGCAUUGUUGUGUGUACAAGAUAAUGCAUCUGAUAGACCAACCAUGGCCGAUGUUGUUGCGAUGCUAAGCAAUCAGAGAAUGAUCAUGGCCGAGCCUAAACAACCAGCAUAUUUCAAUGUAAGAGUGGAAAAUCAUGGGGCAUCUUGUGCUCCCGAAUCAUGCAGUAUUAAUGAUAUUACCAUAUCGGUCACAGUUCCUAGAUAG